AUGCAAUUAUCGGUAGAUCAAAGUUCUUCAGCUGAUGUGAUAGACAUGGAGGACAUAGCGACAGAGGACCAAGAUGUCUAUGAAGAAGACGAAACGAAGUCUUGUCUGGUUUACACCAAGCACACGAGAAUCGAAAUGAAAGAUUUCUGCACUGAAGUCAGAGCUCUUCGAGAUAUAGAAAGAUUUCUUGCAAACCCAACCAUUCUACUGAAUGUAUGCGUGACAGCACUAGAAGAAAUUAUGGAUAUUAUGAUGGAGAAGCUGAUAUCAAAGCUUCGUGGCUGCAGCAUUAGUUUAAAAAAAGCCAAAAAUGCCUUCUUUUCAAAGGACUCUAUUCAUCGUCUGUCACAUGUGAUCCAGGGGACUGAGAAAUCUGAAGGAAGUGGCUGGGAAGAAACGCAAGGAUGGCUUGUAGCUAUGGCUGAGGUAUCGUCGGUUCAUCACAGUAAUGUGGCCAUCGCUAGAUUACGACAUGCUACGAAUCUUGGAAGGACCCUCCAGGGCACACAUUUGGUGGUUCUCGUAUUAUCACCUAGAAAAACAAAAAGGACAAAAAGUUCCCUCGAGACAGGACGAACCUUUGCAACUCUUCUGUCAAACAUAGAGUUUAGGCAGCAGCUCUUGGAGGCGGACAACGAGGAGGAAUUCUUGAAAGUUAUCCGUGAAUACAAAAAGGCAAUGGAAGCAGAGCAGCACAAGAAGGACCAAGAACGAACGCGUUCAGGAUCCGUACUCAAAGUAACGUCAUCCUUUGAUCAACAAGGGGACCUGACCAAAGGUUCAAAGAAAUACAGUCUUAUAGCAUUUGGUCGAGGAAUAAAAGAAGAUUUAAAGAGAAGAUGGCCGCACUAUACUUCAGACUUCAUCGAUGGUGUAAUAGGACAUCGUACCAUACAGAAACUAGCAGCUACUGUUAUGUUUCUAUACUUCGCUUGCCUUCUGCCAUCCAUUGCCUUCGGGGUUUUGAACAGCAAGAAUACCAAUGGCAAAAUAGGUAUAGAGAAGGUUAUCAUAUCCCAGUCAUGUGGAGGGAUAGUGUUCUCUCUGUUUGCUGGUCAACCAAUGAUUGUACUACUCACUACUGCCCCGCUUGCUUUGUACGUCAAAGUUAUUCACAGCAUCUGUGACGACUUCAACCUGGACUUCUUCGCGAUGUACACCAUGACUGGUCUAUGGAAUGCUUUCUUUCUCAUCAUUUAUUCACUGUUUGGUGUAUCCAACCUAAUGAGAUGGUCAACAAGGUCGACCAAUGAGAUAUUUGCCUUGUUUAUCUCUGUGGCGUUCACAGUAGCUGCGCUGAGUAGCAUUCACAAAGAAUACAAUAAACCCAACUGUGUGGGCCUGCCUUACAGUACUUGUAGCUUGUGUAAGCAGUCAAACACAUCAACACACGAUUCGUCAACGUGUACCUCGUUUAACAGCGAGCAGUGUUUCUGUUCCCGUGAAGGUGGUGUCCUGUACCUUCUGCUCAGCUUCGGAACCGUGUUGCUUGGUGUCACUCUUUACAACUGCAGAAAAAGCCCUUUCCUGGAUGCUGACAAGAGAGAAGCUCUUGCUGACUACGCUCUGCCAGUCUCUGUUGUACUCUUCUCCUUCAUUGGAUCUUUUGUCUUUAAAGACAUUCAAACGCACAAGGUGGAUUACAAGAGUACCAUUAAAAUCAAAUUCUCCUCAUUCUCUUCUCUUUCUAAUGGAGCCGUGCUUGGUUCUUGUGGCCUGGGAUUCUGUCUAUCAUUCCUAUUCUUCAUGGCACAAAAUAUCGUCAGUGCUAUUGUAAAUAAUCCCAGUAACCGGUUAAAGAAAGGUACAGCAUACCAUCUAGACCUGUUGGUUAUUGGAAUCCUCAACGGUGUACUGUCCUUGUUUGGUUUGCCAUGGGUACAUGCUGCUUUACCUCACUCACCCCUGCACGUCAGGGCGUUGGCUGAUGUCGAGGAGAGGGUUGAUCAAGGUCACGUUCAUGAGCUGAUCGUCAAGGUACGGGAGAAUCGUCUAUCACUACUGAUAUCUCACAUCAUGGUUGGUCUGUCUUUAUUCAUGUUACCCACACCCCUUAACUACAUCCCAUCAUCUGUUCUCGAUGGCCUCUUCCUGUUUGUGGCCAUCACACCAUUGUUUAACAGCCAGAUGUUCGAGAGAUUCUUACUACUCGUAACGGAACAGUGUGCCUAUCCUCCCAAUCACUACAUCCGUCGCGUCCCCCAGCGUAAGAUCCACUUGUAUACCAUUAUACAAUUCCUUCAGCUGUUUGUACUCUGUGCCUUUGGGUUCAUUGGUUCUUUAUCUUACAUAAAGAUGAUUUUUCCUGUACUUCUUAUUCUUCUCUUACCUAUCAGACAUGGUCUUGUUCCUAAGUUGAUUCAUCACAAGUACCUAGACGCCAUGGAUGCAAACCUUUGAUAUCCUUCAAGACUGUACAAGACUAUUGAUGAUCUUGAAGUGGGAUCACGCCUGGCUUAGUCUUGAACGAACUAUUUUGAUCUUCCUAAUUUUACUUCCAUUUGUUUUUCCCUUCCUUCCUCUCUUAUUGACCAAAAAUCUCUUGGUUCCACUUCCUCUUGAUCACUGAACCGUUCUUUUUUGUCAUUUUUUUUUUCAACAUUCUCUUUUUUUUACCUUAAUCCAGAUGCCUCAUUUUCACAGAAACACUUUGCUUUCAUUUUUCCUCUGCCACUUUUCCCUCUAUUUAUUUUUCCAAAGUCGUUUUAAUUUCUUUAUUCCCAUCUCAAUACACCUAUUUCUUUUUUUCUUGUCAUCCAUUGAUAAUUCUA